GCUGUAUAAUUUUUAUUGCACUUAAAGAGGUGUAUGUAGACAUUGCUAUAAACGAUCUAUAUAAAACCUCUACCUGAAAUGCUAGAUAUUCAGUCAACUUACCAAUUAGAAAAGGGAGCAUUUAUUUAAAAGGAAAAAAAUAUAUUUAUUUACCCAAAGAACAGUUAUGGCUUUUUUAGACAGAAUUUCAAAGUUUUACGACUGGAUGUUAACAAAAGGAGAUCCACGUGUGCAAAACUGGCCUUUAAUGGCGACACCAGGACCGAUUUUGACUAUUGUCUUAUUCUACCUGAUAGCUAUAAGACAAGGUCCCAAAAUAAUGGACGGCCAGAAAGUAAUGGGACUUAAAAUGUUCAAACUUUGUUAUAACGUAGGCCUUGUAUUACUGUCGGCAUAUAUGUUUUACGAGUUCUUAGUAACAUCCAUUUUGGCCGGUUAUAGUUAUAUAUGCCAGCCUGUCGAUUACUCAACAGAUCCUUUAGCUUUACGAAUGGCAAACGUUUGCUGGUGGUACUUCUUUUCUAAAAUCAUAGAGCUCGUUGACACAUUAUUUUUAAUCCUUCAAAAAAGAUCAGUGUCAUUCCUACAUUCGUAUCAUCAUAGCACGAUGAUUGUGAACUGGUGGCUAGGCGUUAAAUAUAUAGCAGGUGGUCAGUCCUGGUUCCUUGCGAUGUUGAAUACAUUUGUGCACGUGAUCAUGUAUUCUUAUUAUGGAUUGUCUGCCCUUGGUCCUUCAGUUCAAAAAUAUCUCUGGUGGAAAAAGUACCUCACUAUGCUCCAAUUGAGCCAGUUCUUUGCUGUUGUGAUACAUACGGGUGUUAAUAUGACGCAGACAGACUGUGAUUUCCCUCAAGGAUUUAAUUACGCCGUAUUUUUAUAUGCCAUAUCUCUAAUUGUACUCUUCGCCAACUUUUUUCAAAAAUCAUAUUGCAACAAUAAAGAAAAAAGCCGAUAACGCUCCAGGCUGGAUUCGUCAAAAACUAUACUAGCAUCAAUUUGGUGAAGCAUCGUGCACCAGACCAUUUUAACGUCGCCUUUAACACCGCCCAACUCAUCAGCCAGUGCGGGGGAGGGGGAGAAAUGAGAUGAGUUUUAUCGACUAAAUUCGGAUAUCGUGUUUAUGUUAUUGCACCAAAAAAAGGCGGAGAUAUAUGGCCAUCUGGUAAAACUGGAAGGAUUUUACCUUAUGACUGUCUCCGCAGGACAUUUACAAGGGUUUGAAAAUACAAAAGUAAAUAUCCCCGCCCUCCCACCGAGGCCUCGGACUUGAUUAUAAAUGGCUGUCAAUAUGAGUGAUGUCUGUUUUAUUUUGGCAAGAUUGUAAAUGUGGUUCAUUAACGCUGUUUAUAAGUUUAAAAAAGGAUAUUUCAAAGAAAGAGAAAAAAACCCAGUUGAAAUACAAGUCAAUAUAUGGAACAACAGCGUUGUUAUUUGAGUAUAUUUCUACAUGUACUUUUUGACAUUUUGGUCAGUUCAAUUUUUUAAACUAAAGGUGUAUUUAUUUGUUUAAUGAUGCUUCAAUUAUUUAAAUUCUCGUAUAAUUAAAAAUAUAUUUCU